UCAAGUGCCAUCGAGGCCCAGCUCAAGUUUGCGGGUCCCCGUUGCGAGCGAGCCGCCUGGAUCGUGCCGGACCGAUGGGGGCUGCCCUCAGCAGUUGCAUUGAUUUGCAGCGCGUCGCGAUAACGACAAUCUUGGGGUGGCUCACGCCCAUCGAUCAAGAUUUCGGGCCGUUCGGGAUAGAGCUCAACAGGGCGACUCUGGCCGAGGACAGCGGCGACACGCACAUCGACCUCAAGGAGUUCAAUCUGGACAACGUGGUGCUUAGCGGCAAGGUCACCGCUGACCUGCCCAUGCUCGGCGAACAGGAGCUGCCGAUCAACCUCAAUCUGAGCCUCUUCAAGUCGUUCUCGAGCAGCUUGUGCACGGUCGACGUCUGUGAUUUCGACUUCAGCGCGAACGAAGACGCGGACGGGGACGUGGACGAGGACCAGGUGAAGGACAGGGACUUCGACUUUGGCAGCCUGAUGGGCGGCCUGGGCGCGGCGGCGAGCGGCUUUGCGGGCGGUGGUCUCGCGGGCGCUUUCCAGCAGGUCAUGAACAUGGACGAGGUAAAGGGCUGGGUCUGCGAGCAGGUUUCUGAUAUCAUCAACGACCAGAUUAAGCAACGAGUGACGGGCGGCGACAGCGACUCCGAUUCGGACUGAUCCGACCGGAUCCGACAAGUAACGGCAGCACCUUUUCAUCUCAUGGGUUGCGACAUGCAUUGAUGGCACGUAUCGUAGUUGAUUAGGCAGAAUUCUUUAAUUUGUUGUUCCACCUGCUGAGAGUGUACUGACACUUGCGCGGGAGAUCGAUUGUUCGUCCCCCUCCCCUUAGGGAGGAAUCCUCCUGCCAAGGUCCUGGACACUGGACCCCAGAUGCCGCGCCCCGGCGAUUGAA